AUGCCUCCUCGUAAAAAGGCUGCUGUUGCCGCGGCAACCUCAUCAGGUCGACCCACUCCUUCAAACUCGCAGACCACAGGCUCAUCAACAGCUCGAUCUCGCAAGACCUACAAGGGUAACGGCUGGACCGUCGAGCAGACUUAUGAUUCUACCGGGAAACAGAAAGAUGUCAUUGUCAUCGAUGAUAGCGAGAGUCCGAGCCGAAUACCAAGAAAGCGGACUAGGGCUCAAGCAGCCGCUGCAUCUAGUCAAUUGAAUGGUCAUAGUCUCAACGGAAGCGUGGUCAGCGUCACAGGCUCCACCAAGAAGCGCAAAGCCGAUGGCUCUGAGGCCGGAUCUGCAAAGAAGGCGAAACCAAAGGUUUCAGGGACUGCGACAUCGUCUCAUCAUCCCACCGCAUUGCAACCGAAGCAGGUCGUACCUGCAGCUGGGCAAUCAUCCAGCUCAUCCACCGUCCCUCCUUGGGAUGAUCCAGAAGGUCAUUAUAUUGUAAAGCCUGAUGACGUGAUCGCCGGCAAGUACAAGAUCAUUCGAUUACUCGGACAGGGCACUUUCGGCAAAGUUGUCGAGGCCCGCCACCUAGAGACGAGACGCAAAGUCGCCAUCAAGGUCAUCCGAGCGGUACAGAAGUAUCGCGAUGCGAGCAAGAUCGAGAUCAGGGUGUUGGAAGCGCUCAAGAGGAAUGAUCCAGAGAACUACAACAACUGCAUUCAUCUCGUCGAGUACUUCGACUUCCGAAAUCAUCCGUGCCUAGUGUCAGAGCUGUACGGGAUGAGUGUCUUCGACUUUCUCAAGCAAAAUUCUUUCUCUCCUUUCCCGGAGAGACAUAUACAGGACUUUGCAAAGUCUCUCCUCAGGAGUGUAGCUUUCUUGCACAAAUUACGCCUCGUUCAUACUGAUCUGAAGCCGGAGAAUAUCCUUCUGGUAUCUAACGAGUCGAGACUUGGUGGACCGAGGGUCAAGAACGCCAAGUCACGAUCGAUCCUGCGAAACACCGACAUCCGCUUGAUCGAUUUCGGAUCGGCGACGUUUGAGAAUGAGUAUCACUCGUCUGUAGUGUCUACACGGCACUAUCGUGCACCAGAGAUCAUUCUAGGGCUCCCAUGGUCAUACCCAUGCGACAUGUUCUCCAUUGGCUGCAUCCUGGUCGAAUUUUACACUGGCGAAGCAUUAUUCCAAACACACGACAAUCUGGAGCAUCUAGCAAUGAUGGAGGUCGUCAUGGGCAAGAUGCCAGCCCGGAUAGUAGAGCGGGGACGACAUAAAAAGCCCGAAUUUUUCAAAGGUCACAAGAUUGACUUUCCCAACGCCAGUGUGUCCCGCACGAGUCGCAAAUUUGUCAAGUCGUUACGAAGUCUUGCAGAGAUCAUCCCUCCCACUACCGCGCACAACAAGCUCUUCCUCGACCUCAUUGUCCGACUCUUAGAUUUCGACCCGGAUUCGCGUCUGACGGUGACUCAAGCUUUGAGGCAUCCAUAUUGUUCAAUGGAGAUAGAUCCACCUCCAUGA